GAUUUGUUCCCGUUCAGCCCUGCCAAGACAACAUGGCAACACAUACCGCAGCUUGGAUUAAGCACAAGCACGCUCCUUUGGAGCUUGGCCCUGCGAAGACGCCAACCCCUGGGCCCGGGGAGAUUCUUGUCAAAGUACGGUUCAUUGCUUUCAGUCCAAUUGAAUCCAAGCAACAGAAGAUUGAAGUUCACCCUUUGAAAUAUCCCAAUAUCCUCGGUCUCUCAUUCUCUGGCGUCGUUGAGAGUAUCGGCCCUGAUGUUGAGAAGUUCUCCAAGGGCGACAGUGUAGCCGUUGCUCGCCCCCACGGCAAAGCAAAUGAUCCAAGAUUUGGCUCUUUCCAGCAGUAUGCGCUUGCAUGUGCCGACACCACCUCGAAGCUGCCAUCAAGCGAGUUCUUAGAGUCAGGAGCCAAGGUUGUUCUCAAUCUUGCUACGAUCACAGCAGCAUGCUCUCACUUUCUUGGUCUGGAACGACCUAGUCUGGACAAACCCAAGCCUCCUAGAGGUGAGAGGAUCCUCGUCUAUGGGGGUUCAAGCUCGUGUGGUGGCCUUGCGAUACGAUAUGCUACGACUGCUGGUUAUGAAGUAGUCACCACUUCCUCGCCCAAAAACCAUGCAUAUGUCAAUUCCUUGGGUCCGGCUGCGGUUAUCAAUCACACCAACCCUCCCGAAAAGAUUAUCCAGGACCUGCAAGCUCACGGUCCCUAUCAUCGCAUACUUGACACCAUCGGCGUUCCACCAGUCACCAAUAUCAUUACCAAGUACCUCAGUAAUGUCGGCGGAGGAUCUUACAACACUCUCAUUCCCGUGUUCCCAGGCACAAAUCCAAUCCCGGACAACGUGGAACGCAGAUUUGAGUCAUACGGAUGGAUCUUUAAUAAUCCGGGGCAUGAAGAGUUCAAGAAGUGGUACUAUGAUACCUUGGUGCCCCAGGGGCUUGAGUCUGGAGCCAUCGUGCCCACUCCGUCGCAGCGGGUCAAUGGGGGGCUUUUUAACACUCAACACGCGCUCGAUCUCAUGGACCGCGGGGAAGUUAGUGGGCAUAAGCUUGUCCUAGACCCAUGGGACUGAGACUUGAUGUCUCUCACCUGACGUUUUGUCCAUGAUGGGCAUGUUUUGACGAUCUACCUAGUUUUGUUAUCGGAUGGUAAAAGGUUCCAUUUUCCUACCGCAGCUCAAACCAUUGAGAUUGUGUGCCGUUUGUCUUAAUAAAUCGGCUGGGGUCCAGAUCCACCACGAAGACAGUUCCCCUAAACUGAUAAUGGCCAUCCGUAGUCUUGCGCACCACCAAUGGAGAACCAGCGCCUUGAAAUACACAGAGAUAAUCACCCUCAGCUACUUGUGCAGUU